AUGGACGUUGCGGUGCUGGAGGCGGCGCUGGCCAGCAGAGGGGAGGCGGCUUCGAGCCCUCCUCUUCGUGCUGGCGCCGCGCCUUUCGUGCCGCAGGGUUUCGCGGAGGCUGCGGAGGAGAGCGAUGGCCUCGGGGAGCAGGCCGCCGCCGUGCUGGCGGCGCUGGAUGUGGUCGCUGUCGAGAAUAUGUUAGAGCUGAACGAGAUGCUGGCGUUCGGCACCGAGGAGUUUGACGAGGAGCCCGUCCAAGGCUUCGAGAUUAACGACGGGAUGCCGAUGGCAAUGCAGCGGGUUGGUUGUUUCACCGUCGGGUUCGAGGGCAAGCAGCAGGAUCUGGAUGGCAUCGCCGACCCCACUUUCAUGAAGGCAGUGGCGGACGACGGCGAGUUGCAGUUCGGCGGCGGGGCUGCUGCACCCCUCGCGCCUGGCCUGGCGCUAGGGGCCUCCCUGCACAGUGCGUCCCUCGAUGGAGGUGCGGACCCGUUGCGCGGUGGCGGUGCGUCCCUCCCUGGCGGAGGCGUGGGCCCGCUAGGGGAGGCCCCGCCGAAGGGUGCCCACUGCACGCUGGCUGGUUGCGGCGCUGCUGCGCCCCUCGCGCCUGGCCUGGCGCUCGGUGCGUCCCUCGAUGGAGGUGUGGACCCGUUGCGCGGUGAGUCCCUCCCUGGCGGAGGCGUGGGCCCGCUAGGGGAGGCCCCGCCGAGGGGUGCCUACACCGCGCUGGUCGUCCAGGAGGAGAUCGUCAACCCCACUGGACGUGGACAUCGUGAAACCGGACGUCGUCGAGGAGCUGUUCGAGGUGCACGAGGUGCUGGGUCUAGACGGACAUCGAGAGCUCGAACUUCGUCGAGCAGAGGUUCGAGAUCAGCGAGGCGAUGGCGGUCGGGGCGAGCGCGGAGCAGUUCGACGAUGAGGCCGUGA